AUGGCACUGCUCUCGCAGCGCAGCCUCCUGUCGUCCCGCUGCGCGCCCCCAGCCGCCCCUCCCGGGACCCUGGGGCCCGACGACGGGCAGCCGCGCGCCCCGCACCCGCCCCCGCGGCAGCUCGGCUCCCGGCCCGCUGAUAACAGCCCCGACCCCCGGCCGCCGCCGCAGUGCCCCGGGCCGGCAGUCCCCGGGCCAACCCCGGCCGGCCGCCUCGCCGCGCCGUCCUCCGGACCCUGGCCCCGGGCCCUGCGCGCCCUGCCCGACCCCGGCUCGGCGCCCCGGACGGCGGCCCCGUCCUUCGGGCGGCGGGGUGGCUCUGCCCCCCGAGCUUCCCGGGAUGCGGGCCCCCGGCGCGGGCCCCCGCCGAGCCCCAGGUCGCUGAGGGGCCGCACGACGCGCGGAGAUGGGGCCCCGGCCUCGCACUCAGCCCGGCUCUCUCUCCUAGAAUGUCCUGCCCUGCUGCUUCUGCUGUCCUCGCUGCUGCUUCCUCUGGGCCUCCCAGUCCUGGGCGCCCCCCCACGCCUCAUCUGUGACAGCCGAGUCCUGGAGAGGUACAUCCUGGAGGCCAGGGAGGCCGAAAAUGCCACGAUGGGCUGUGCUGAAGGCUGCAGCUUCAGUGAGAACAUCACUGUCCCAGACACCAAGGUUAACUUCUAUGCCUGGAAGAGGAUGGAGGUCCAGCAGCAGGCUGUGGAAGUCUGGCAGGGCCUGGCCCUGCUCUCAGAAGCCAUCCUGCAGGGCCAGGCCCUGUUGGCCAACUCGUCCCAGCCAUCCGAGGCCCUGCAGCUGCACGUGGACAAAGCUGUCAGCGGCCUGCGAAGCCUCACCUCCCUGCUUCGGGCGCUGGGAGCCCAGAAGGGAGCCGUCCCCCUUCCAGACGCAGCCUCCUCUGCAGCCCCCCUCCGAACAUUCACUGUUGAUACUUCGUGCAAACUUUUCCGAAUCUACUCCAAUUUCCUGCGGGGAAAGCUGACGCUGUACACAGGGGAGGCCUGCCGGAGAGGGGACAGGUGACCCGGUGCUCCCACCCCGGGCACG